AUGGGGGGCACGGAAGUCCAUUGCACUUUUCCAGAGAGCACUACAAAAUGGACGAAGCGACAUGGCAUGCAGCCUCCAAUGUGCAACCGCACACUAGGAGGGCCAGAUACAGCACAUGGAAAUUCCAAAGUGGAGAAGAGGAGCCUAUUGCGGGCCUAUAAACGAUCACUGACUGUGGGAUCAGCAUGGUACAGGGGCAAACAUUACACUUCUGACACACUUGAGCGCAUGGGUUGUCGCCUUCGAUCACCCACUCACGCUCAGCCUCUGACACCUGGAUUGCAAUCGGACUGGCAGAAGUGCAACUCCAAGCAUGGCAGCAAAGGCAGGAUCAAGUUUUGGCAAUGGAACAGUGGAGGAUUAGCCUCCCACACCAUGGACGAGGUCAAAGCUUGGCUGGUGAUGAACUGUGUUGACAUUGGUAUCAUAGUUGAGACGCGGCUUUCCUUUGAUUCUCAUUGGACUGACAAACAUUGGCAUCAUAUUCACUCUGGAGAAGGAGGCAAUCGAGGAAAGGGUAUUCUUAUUUUAAUCUCCAAAAGAAUGUGUCAGAUGAACCAACUCAGAUGGCAAAUUCAUGACAGUGGACGGCUUAUCCACCUACGCAUGCAACUGCAGCCUCGAGCCAUUGACUUGGUGGCGUGCUACCAGCACACAUUCCAAGCCACGAGACGCAACCAACAAGCACGCGAUCAAUGGUGGACCUUGCUUGCCCAAGUGUUGUCAGGUUUACCCAAUCGACACUGUCUUAUUCUGGCAGGAGAUUUUAAUUGCUCUGUCCCAGCAUCCCCUGGGUGUGUUGGCACCUCCAAGUUUGCAUGGCGGGGUAACAAUGUCACAGGCACGUACCAUGGGGACCACCCCAAAUUUCUGCAGAUCCUCAGAGACAAUGCACUGACAGUGCUGAAUUCCUGGACGGCAUCAGCUGGACCCACCUACGUCCAUUGUGAUCAAGCGAGCAGAAUUGAUCACAUCUGCGUACGACAAUCUUACGCAGACGGGGAGGCCAAGAAUGUGCAACAUUUGUGGCAUUCACCCUUCCUCAACCAAACAGAGGUUGGACAUGUCCCUCUACUGACAACAAUUGCCAAGUAUUGGAUCCCGGACAACCGUUCUGACAAGAUCCACAAUGUGACACUGCAACAACGUCAGAUGAGUCGACAAGCUUUUCUGUCGCAAUCAGACACCUGGAGGGAGUUCACAACCGUCUCCCAGCAGUUGCUGCUGGACCACCUGAGGGCUCCUGUACCAGAUGCAGAUGCUGCACUUCAAAGUUUGCACCGUGAGAUGCUCAGUUUGCAGUUUGCCAGACCUCCAGGGGUCCCGUUCUCAUUGCAACAGUUGGAGAAGGCGCUGUCUUUGAUCCCAGUGACCAAAGCUACGGCCAAACCUUUUGAGAUCAUUCAACUGCUGGCCUACUGGCAUGAAGCAACAGACUAUUUUGUGCAGCAUGACCUGGACACCACCCAAAUCCCUAUUGGCCGUGGAGUGCGCCAGGGAUGUAAGGCGGCGCCAGGAUUGUGGAACAGCUUUAUGGUACUCCUCUUACAUGACCUCAACAUGCACAUCCCCUUAAGCUGGAUUCAAAACUGCCUUACAAUCUACGCUGACGAUUUUCAUGUUGGAACAUCAUUUACUUGCAUGGAAGAAUUUUGCCUUUUUCACCAUUUUAUUGGCAUUCUUUUCUUGACCAUGCAAUCACUGGAUAUGUCCAUCAACCCUGGCAAAUCUGUGGCGCUGAUUGAACUGCGUGGCUCAGAGAGCAAGGCUGCAAGGGCACGCUUUGUGCGACGUGACCACAACGGCGACAGCUUGAAAAUCAUCAUUCCUGGCGGCGCUGCCAUCCACAUACCCAUUUGCAAAAGCACCAAGUAUUUGGGCGUGAUCAUUUCUUAUGGCAGUUUCGAAGAUUGCAGCCUCAAACAUCGACUCAAGCUGAUGCAUGUUGGUUUCCGCAGACUGCAACGGUGGCUCACGGGGAAACACAGCCUGUCCCAGAUCCCACACGGUGAUCCCUGGACGCAGAGGCCAGACAACGGUGUGAACUUUGUCUUCUCUGUUUUCCUUCUCCUGCUGAUUUGGUUCAACACCUUCAGACUGCACAUGGACUUCAAGGUGGAAGACCAAUGGAUCGAGGCCUGCUUUGAUGGAAAGAUGACCCAAGUGUUGCAAUCAGCAGCCACACGCAUGCGCUUGACGGUGGUCUGCCAGGCAUGCAACAAAGGAUGCAAGAGGGCUGCAGACCUAGCCCUGCAGCUGGCGAUGAGCUACCACAGGGCCCACCGCGAGCCUUUUGCUCCAAUGCUGAUCACGGACAUGAUGCUGCAGGCCAUUCUUUCAGCCAAGCUGCCCAGAGCCCCAAAAUAUCGCCUUGAACAAGCAUUGGUGCAUCGACAGUUUGCUGAUACAUGGCAGGACCCAGAGCUGCUGCAAUUUCUCAGAACGUACUGCCUGUACUGCGGGCACCAGACUCACACCUCAGACCUGGCACUACACCUUCGAGAGGAGCAUGCCUGUGGCCACAACACAUGCUUGUUUUACAUGGAACAGCUCUUGCCCACAGUUCAUGCUUUGAAUCCUGAUGAUUAUCAAUGUCAGCUUUGCGGCCUGAUUUUCAAUCUUCCUGUUCACUUGGGCACAGAUCAACCAGCACAUGAUCGGAUCGUUCUGGCUCUAUCCCAUCUGAAGGGAUCCUGCCCGACGUUGCUUCAAUUGUCCUUGCUGUUUGGUGCCUUGCUGCAUGGACGCCAACUGCGACAUGGAGAUGGGGGACAUUUGCAUCACCAAUCAGAUGCGGGAGGCUUUUGGAGCCAUCAUGCCCAUGCUGGACAAGAGUCUCAACCUGACGCCCAAUCCGAGACGCUCCAAGGCCCCUCGAAGAGGCGACAUCGACCCAGAGGCAGAGGGUCAACAGGCCACACAACAACAGGAGAUCAAGCGCAUGAUGCAGAUGAUGCAGCUGAUGGCUCAAAUGGUGGUCAAACAAGAUCAAGAAUGGAACAGUCUACGCAGAACAGAUCAAUUCAUUCUUUUUUGAACCCAGAUCCACAGGGCGCAUUGCAUCAACUGGUUCAGGAGACGGCCCAAUGGAAACAACAAAUGGAGAACCCAUCGAAGUCCCAGAUGAGACCCCUGCGACAACAUCUCAUCCUGACCUUGCUGCAGACCCUUCACACCAAUGCGGGCAAGAUUGUGGAGAGCAAAGAGCAGGACCCCCUGCACCAAACGUCAGUGCAGAAAGGGCUGAUCUUGGCAGACAAGAGUUUUCCAUUUCACCGUUGGGAUGCGCACACCCAGAAACUGUUGAUAGACAAGAAGCAACCAGUCAGCUCUCAGAAGAUGUUCCAGCACCUGACGGAGCUACAGGAGAUGGUUCUGGACCGGGACCUAGUGGUCCGAUUUCAUGCCUUGAAGGCGGUGUCAGACAAGGACCUUGCAGCAGUCCCUUGGCGACUGCAAAUCAAUCUCCGGAACAACAGAGACAUGAGAGUAGCCUACACGUCAGAGCUGGCUGCCGCCAUGCAGAAGACUGUGAGUGGGUUGAUCAUGCAAAAUGACCGCAAUUGGUGCUACAUCAAUAGUGUGAUGUAUGGUCUUUUAUGGACCUUGCUUUGUCUGGACAGACCAGCUUUUGACCUUUGGGGGGCGCAUGGACCUGAGCUAGUUGCGUUUUUGAUCCAGCACUCUUGCAAAAUCGCAGUGCUGGCAGAUAUUCCCUGGCUAGCUCCCAUCUUGCGCAAUUGGGGACCAACACAGGAACAGAAAGACUGCGCUGAAUGUGCGCAGAAAAUUCUGACCUGGCUUGCUGCAGAUGCGUUUGACAUGGGAUGGGAAAGACGCCUCGACACAUGUGAUGGCUUCAUUACCAUGGAUGUCAAUAGCGCCUGCACUCCAAUCAUUUUGACCUUCACCAGAGACAUGCACACACAUGGCAGUUGCACAUUUUCAGGGCUGAUCUCUUCCUGGUCCCAGGAGAAUUCCAUGCAAGCCGCGCUGAAGACGGCAUCACCUUGUAUUUGCCUUCAACUGGAUCGGCACUACCAGGAUGAGGUUGGGAACAUUUUCAAAACCAACUGCGCCAUUGAACUGGAAACUGAAGUUGCCAUGCCGGUUUUCACACAACAUGAUUUGCAGACGGAACAUGUUGGAUACAUUCCUAUUGCUGGAGUGGCGCACUUGGGUAUGGAUAGGGCGGGACACUGCAGAUCCAUCAUGAAAAUUCAACCGUCUUUGGUGACAGCCACCAGACCAGCGGCAUGGCUGACAACCGAAGAUGAUGAAAGACCCACACCGACGUGGGAUGUACCAGCUUGGUUCAAGUGCAACGCGGCACUGAUUUGGCUGGUGCGCACUGAUAUGCUGAACCUGAUGCCGCAGAACCCACUUCACACCAUGAAGUUGCUCUCCAACACGAGCUGCUGCAUCUUCUGGUCUGGCAUCCUCAUCAACGAGAACAAUGCCACGGAUGGUCAAGAGCACAAAGGCUUGAACUUUAUCAACGGUGGACUAGCAACACAGACACCGCUGUACAACAGAAAUGCACGGUCAGAGAGACAAUCACAGCAAGAGGCAGUGUGCAAGUAUGACAUCACACCCUUCCAACGCUUUCCGGUACACAGCAAGCAUCUUCGAGACCUUCGACAACCCAGUUUGGAGAACUUGAUCAAGGUCGUGCUGAUGAAGCUCGUGAUCAUUUUCGACUGUACCAGGCAAUCCGUGAACUUGCUCCCAAACAACCAUAUCGCAGAAUACAAAUCCGUGAUUCCGAUGGCAGGUUACUGCAUCCUGAAGCAGCUGCCGACCGGAUCUGUGACUGGUUUGCUGAACUGUACCAUGAUGCCGAUGAGGAAUGUGGAACAGGGGCACCAUCUGCCUACUUCCAAAGCACACCCGACGUUGUCACCUGCCGCAGGAGUUACGUCCCAUUACGUUGUGACCUCUUCAGCACAGUUCAAGCUGACGCUUCAUAGAAUUGGGCAGACCUUGGACAUCCUGGAAGAUGCCAAACUUUCUAUCAACUUGGAAAAGACCUUUGCCCUGAUGCGGUUGGUCUUGACGGAGAGCUGGUUUCUUCAGCGGCAGCGUCAUUCAGACCGGAUCCCUGUUCAGCCUGACAUUGAAGAAGUCGAACAUCGCGUUCGAGUGCAAGAGUUGUUGCAGUACGCCAGAGGUGACCAAAUCACUCCUGUGCGAUCGGCUUUGGUCUGCCAGCACUGUGGCAAGGUCUACACGACACGACAUGGCCUCUUGCAGCAUGCUCGAAGAUACCACCGUGCUGAACAGGCGGUUGAAGAAGCCACAGCACUUGAUAUUGACAUGCAGUGCCAAAUCUACCAGGCGGUGACGCUCAACGCCUGUGAAGACUUGCUGCUGCAGGAAGACAUUCAGCACUUCCUCUCCACGAGGUGCCUGAAAUGUCAAAAGACCUAUGCAGGUCGACGUGCAUUGAGUCGGCAUAUCAAACAAAACCAUGCAAGUGAGUGGCACGAGUGCGAACUUCGCGCCAUGCAAUUGGACAUUCAGUGGAAGCCGAUUUAUGGUUGUGUUUGCAAACCGACUAUGCACACCAAGCAUAUUUGUCAGAUGUACCUUCAGUUCAUUUUGCUCAGGUUGGACCAUGAGCGACAGAUGAUGCCAUUGCUGGUGGCUGAACCUCCAGACGUGAUUCUCAGUGUGGUGGAACAGAUCGAACCCCUGCUCUGGCUGGGCUUUGCACAGAACUUAUACAGCAAGAGCCAACUGCGCCUCAAUCUGACACGACACUGCCAGGUUUGCGGCUACACUGGGCUGAAUGCAGAGGACCUGCGUCUUCACAUGCAUGCGAUACAUCCAGUACACCUUCAAGAGAGCCAAUAUCUCAUCGAGAUGUUCAACUGGUGCAUGUUCAUGGAAAUGGGCUGCUUCUGCAACCCGUCACCGGGAUGGGGAGAGCUACAUCAUGAAUGUGUGGGUUUGACUCAGCUGGCAUUGAUCGCUGCUUCCUACGGCUGGCAGGUGGUGCUACCAUGGCCUUUUACUUCUCAGGAUUUGAUCGGCCUGCUUGGCAACCUGCUUCCCUGCUCGGCCCUUCAGAGAAUCACAAUGGCCUUGAUGACCAGGAAUUUCCAUCAACUGUGGGAAGACACUGAGCUAUUGACAAUGCUAGCCACUCACUGCCUUGUCUACCAGGAACCGGUGGCGAUGUCCCACAUACAGGCUCAUCUGGUUGUGGCGCAUCAGAUCACCAAUGACAGGUUGAAGUAUGUGACACAUCAACUCAGUGCAGUGUUCGAUCAAAUCUCCAUGGCUGAGGAGAGAUGCGACUGGUGCCAUGAGCUGUUGCACACUUAUUUGGACGCAGAUGAUGUGAUGCAAGUUGACGUCCAUGCUCACCUGCAGAAGUGCCCGAUGAUCACACAACUGGCCAUGCUGUUGAUGCAUCCCCGAUGGUCUGUUCCAGCACUGCAACCACUGACCUGGGCCACGCAGGAGAGAAUUUGUGAGAAUCGCCGCAAGCACGAGCUGAAGCUUUGGCAAUUCAAUGUGAGCACCUCAGACACAUAUGGACAAUCACUUGAACCAGCAUCGGAAGGCAUAGACUCGGCCAUGAGGAUUUGGGGCAACCUUCUGACGAAGGAGCAAAUGAACAAUUUGGGCAUCACUCCACCAGUCCAUCGCGACAAAGGUCGAGAAGGCAAGCGGCCCAGGACAGACCGCAAGACAGAUCGCAAAGAUCGCUCAGCUUCGGAGUCCACGACCACGGUGCCGACAGAAGUGCUGGGAACCUUGUGUCGGUUGGUGCUGCGACACGAGGAUACGAUCAACAGCCUCCUUCAGAAGAGUCAGUUCAUUGUCCACCUGGCGACGGGCCCUGGGAGUGUCCUCCCACUACUGAUGGAUGCCAGCCGCACUUGGCAUCAGCAGGAAACGAAGCCCAUUCCUCUGAGGCACCUGCUAGUCCAAACCAUGGUCCAGGAACUGGAGCGUCGCUUGAAGACGCUGAUGGAGGCGACGCCGACAGCAGAACUGUUCCAGGACUGCAAGUCCUAUCAUCUGGUGAAGGACGACACCAACCGGUCCAUGCCUUUCCUUCGCUGGAGUCACCAGCGCAAAUGCCUGGAACCAACGGAGCAGGCAUGCUUGCCCAUCAACGAGGUGCACCGGAGUCUGCAGAACAUCCUACGAUUGCUGGCGGACCACAGGGUGACCCUUCGAUUUCACAGUCUGAAGAAGGUUCAAGACACCAAAGAGAAUCAGCAGGCAGUGCCGUGGAUUUGGACAGUGGCACAACGCCACGACCCGGAACUCUGGCACGAGGUUGCCAAAUUGGCCUAUCACAGUUCUUGGCAGCUCAUCCAAGUGCGUCUUCGUCCUCAAGGUCUCGAUCGCACUCCACUGGCCAAACAGAUCCAGAAGAUGAUGUGUUUUUGCAGAGCAGCUGAGGAGGUGGGCCACCAAAUCAUCCUGACAUUGGAUAGGACCAUGCAGAAUGAGGAUCCAACGCAAUUCCGAAGCUUCAGCACUCUCACGAGGACUGGAGAGGAGGAGCAGACAGCGGAAGAGCAGACCCUUGGAUAUUGGUGGCACUCCAUUCCAGCCCGUGCUGGGACACACGGGCUCUGCACAGUCAUUUGCUGUGAGGCUAGUGACACACCACAGUUGGAUUUUGCGCAAUUGCGACAUUGGCCACAUUGGAUUUGUAAGCUCCUCCAUAUCUUUUGUGUGGUUCUGCUCAUUCAACAAUUUCAGAUGACGGAUCAGACCUGGAGCGGGGGUGAGGGUUGUGUCCUUUCCACGGAGGACACUGAAGCGCCUGAGACAUGGGAAACAGCACUGAUCAACCAACUCGGUGCAAAGCAACGUGGAUUUCGGCCAACAAACUGCUUCGGCAACUCCUGGCCCCAACUGGAUUCGGUGAAAAAGAGAAGUCUCAAACGUGCCUACACCAGGGCUCUACGUGAUGGCUCAUGCUGGUAUAAAGGACAGUGCUACACUGCUCAGCACUUUGCUGGUGUGCCUGCACCGUCUUCUCAGCGAUUGCCUGCCACACGAGCUCAGGGAUUUCACAAUCACACCCAAUGCAACCUCCGACAUCAGAGCCGCAAAUAUCUCAGAUAUCUUUCCUGGAAUGGGGGUGGAAUGAGUGCGCAUCGUUUGGAAGAAGUGAAACAAUGGUGCAGAUGCCAAUGCAUUGACAUCCUGGUCUUGACGGAGACGCGAUGGCAAUUCUCCAAUGAGUGGAUGGAUAAUCAUUGGAUUUCACUGCACACUGGAGUGACUUCAACUGUCGACUACCACAGUCGAGAGGACAUGUUGGCAGUGAUGCCUUUAUCUGGGACUCCUCGUUGCGUACUGGCUCUUCUCAUCCUGAUGAAGGCCAGUAUCAGCAUGCAGCAGCGGGACCAAGGCAGACAGGCGUUUUUGACCUCAAGCCCUGCAUGGCAAGCAUUCAUGGAUGCAUCCGCUGCAGUGAUUCAACAACACUUGACACAGGUUGAUCCCCUGGAUCCAACCAUGAUUCCUGAGCUGCAUAGAAUCACCAGUGCGGUAUAUGUCCAACAUUUCCCUUGCCAUGUACAGCAGAGAGAGACAUUGCCUGAUGAAGCUGGCCGAUCCCUCAUCAUGGACAAAUGGAGGCAUCGAGAUUGCUGGAAGAAACUCUUGCUGCCUUCAGCACGAAACAUUUUGCGCGCAUGGUUUCACAUGACACGUUUUAAACUUCUUCGCAAAGAGCACAGGCGCCAUGCCUAUGCAGCCAGACAACAGCGAUUUGAUGCCAUCCUGGACCAGGCUCAGACUGCGGCAAAUCAACAUGACUCCUAUCAACUGUUCAGGGUGAUUAAUAGGUUCUCCCCAAAGACCUCCAAGCGUAGGUUGCAGCUACGUAAUGUGCAUGGAAACCUGGCCACUCCAACUGAAGAACGUGCCAUGUUGCAUGCCUUUGUUGCCAAGACAUGGAGUGGCCCGGAAACUGUCCCGCGACUGUUUCCUGCCACCACAGGUUUGCCAUUUGACCAAGAUGCGCUCCUGAAAGCCCUUGAGCAAAUUCCGAUUUCCAAAGCAGUUGCACGGCCAUUCACACCAGGACUCAUUUGGAAAUCACAUGCAAAUUUGCUUGCACCCCCCUUGUUUCGAAUCUUGCAGCAGCUUUGGGAUUGCCCAGAACCGAGAGUGCCAGCUUGUUGGCGAGAUGCCUGGCUCAUUCUCAUCCCGAAACCUUUAAAGGCAGCAUGUUCACCAGAUGCAUUGCGUCCUUUGGCGCUCCAGGAACCUAUAGGGUUGAGUCGCAUUUUGUACUACUUUGGGAUCAUCAUGGAAGUUUUGCAAGACAAAGGGUUGGUGAUCAACACCACGAAAUCAGCUGUUAUUCUCACGAUGGGUGGCACCAAUUUUCGCCAAGCCAGAUCCACCUUGACCUUUUUUAACAGAGAUGGUGAAUGGAUUGAAAUCAAAGGCCGCGCCAAGACUUUUACCUUGCCAGUUGUGAAACAAACCAAAUACCUUGGUGCCAUGGUCAGCUACAUGCAGUUUGAAGAUGCAACCGUGAAGUAUCGAGUUGGCCUGGCAAAAGUUGCGUUUGCGAGACUGAAGAAGUGGCUCACAGCACGGCGGGGUUUGAUUGCACAAUCCAGACUGCGAUUAUGGUCCACUUGUGUUUAUCCCAUUUUGACCUAUGGUAUUUUCACGAUAGGACUCACUCGACAAUGCCUCCAGAUGCUGCAAACCACCAUGAUCACCAUGCUGCGCCAAAUCCAUCAUGACCAUGCGUAUAACACAGGUAGAACCCAUACCCAAGCUCUACAUUUCCACGGCCUUGACCACCCCUUGCUGUGGCUAUGGCGUGCUGCUGACACCUUGCUCUUGUCAGCCACUAAGCAGCGUUUGCCUUGCGUACCACAUGACAUUUGCAAUCAACUUGAUUGGAGUCCAGUCCAAGCAGCCAAAGACCUGAUUGCCACAGUGCAUGAUUCAGGCCUGCUCGUGCCUGACAACAUGAUACCUUCUGCAGAGGUGGCCACAGACAUGAUUUUCCAGUGCCAACACUGUUCAUUUCGUGCCUCGAGCCUCUCAGUCUUGCGCCGACAUUGCACACAAGUCCAUGGUAAUGCACGAUAUCGAAGAUUUGUUCCACAGGUAUCACAAUACAUGCAUCAAGGGUUGCCUGUUUGUAUGCAAUGUGGGCUGUCAUUCACCACUUGGAGACGUUUCAUCAUUCAUGUGCAACGUGGCUGCCAGGCUGCCUCAAUGGAAGCACGCACUGCCCGGCCCAUUGCGCCGUUUGCUGACUCAGCCAACCCUCCAACUGGCUCAUCGGAAGGAGUGACCACCCUGCUGACUUCUGCGGAUAUCGACACCAUCCAGAAGCUUGAAUUUGGCCCACGUCUCUUGACGCUGAUCAAACAUCGACGUUGGCCUGAACUGCUGCGUGAACGUGCAAGUUGCCUGUAUCUCUCCCGUCACUGCCUGCUGUGCGGCCAAUACGUAGGCAGGGCACAAGCGAUGCAUCAUCAUGUCAGAGCUGUUCACCGAGCAGCCAUUGACCAGGUACAGACAAAGGCAACUCAGUUGACGAACCUGCACAGCGAUGAGAGUCCUUGCACAGCAUGCGGGGUGACCUUCAUCUAUGGUCACUCCUGCAACGUAUGGUUCCAGGUAGCCCUCUUGAUUGUCCACGGCCCGAGGAUGACAGCUACCUCAACAACUGAGUUACCGGUGCAUCUGCAGUGCGAGAUAUGUGGCACCACCUGUGAAACCUCUCAGGAACUCCAUGCCCACCUGCGACAAGAACACAGAUUGGUGAGCUCAGUCUGGCAAGAAAGCAGGGAUAGCUUCCAGGGAGAUCCCGUUUGCAACCACUGCCAUCUUUUGUUCCAAACGAUGGCUGGAUUGCGUUCUCACAUAAACCAGGGCAGAUGUGAGAAGUUUGACCCAGAUCUUUCUUCCACACCCUCCCCUGUCCUGGACAUAUGGCGUGAAGCCUGCUGCCAAGGUGCCUUUGAGCAGGUGCUCCAGAGUUCGCACAACAAGCUCCGCCUGACGCUUCAGUGUCAAUGCUGCCCCAAGAGGUACACUCGUGCCGCCGACUUGUCGGCACACAUUCAGGGCUCCCAUGCAGAGAUCUGGAGUGCUGCACAAUCUCUGGUGCAUCAGAUGGUUCAACGGUACUAUGGCACCCUGGGCUGUGUUUGCAACCCAUCAUGCAAUGUGAACAGGCUUCAUCACAUUUGCCUGCCAUUUUGGCAGCUUGCAAUGCAAUUUGUGCGCCUACCCAAUGCCAUUUACAUGCCAGCUUGCCAGCGCACCACUGAGAUUGCCAGGGUCCUGCCUCCUCAUGUUCCAGCUGACCAGCGUGAAACCCUGGAACAAGCCCUUGGCAGAUACGAUCUGACGAUGGUGUGGACUGACUCCUUGUUGCUGGACACCCUGAGUGGCAGCUGCUUGCUGUGUGGCCUCGACAUGCUGCCGGCAGAACUGUACUAUCACCUGCAUGAGAUGGAGAACGAUGGAGCAGUUCAACAGAUGCUGCAAUCCUUUCAGAACCUGGUGCUUCCCCUGGAUCCCAACCUGAAGUUGCAGCCAAACCCAGGCGCAAGCAAAAAACAACGCAGACUUCCGGCCGAAGAAGCAAAUGGCCGCGCUCCACCACCAGGUCAUCGCCAAGAACAAGCCCAAGAUCAACGGAAGAUCCUGGAAAUGAUGGCGCGACUGCUUCUGAGAGUGGAUCGAGACCUACAGGUGCUGCAGCGGGAAACCACCUUCAUCUUCUAUUUCAGUUGCAACGAAGACACGGGAGUCCUCCCUCAGCUGCUGCAGGCGGCGGACAAGUGGCACAAGGACAUGCAGGAGGGUGCAUCAUCAUCGAAGAUGCCAUUGAGACAGGUCCUGUUGCAAACAGUGAUCCAUACACUGGCGACACGGGUCACCAAGUUGCUGGAAGCUCAGGAAGAUUCUCCACUGAUGCAGGCGGCUCGGAAGUCCCACAUUUUGCUGGAGAACAAGACGGUGCCGUUCAUGGAAUGGAAUGGACACGAGCAACGCCUGCAGAUCUCCAGCAAAACUCCAGUGAGCUUGACCAAAAUGAGCCAGCAUUGCACCGAACUGAUGGACAGCUUCAGCAAUGCCAACCUCAUCAUGAAGUUCCACUCGCUGCCCACCAAGCAGGGCAGUUUGGUGACUCCAUGGCGCCUUCAGAUGUCAUGCAGGGAGGACAGGACGUACGAGCUGCUGGCACACCUGGCUCAGUCCCAAAUCUGGACGCUCCUGGCGGCCAGCCUCAAGCUGCACAACCAACACCAAAGCUCCCUGGCGACCAACAUCGAGAUCAGCUUGGGACUGAAACCGAACAAGGGUCAGGGCAAGGGCAAAACGCGCCACAAAGGCAAAGCCAUGAAGGAGCUCAAAACCGAGGCAUGA